ACCACUCACACUCUCUUCUCUGUCAGAGCAGAGAGUAGAUGUGCCUGUCUGUAAACCCACUGGGAACUUUAAAACAUUCAGCUCUCCUUUAAGAGUGUGAGAGAGGGCAUGAGACACCCAUUGUGCAGUGAUUUGACUAAACAAACACCCGUACCUCUUCCAGUGAAGCUCCCGGGACAGUGGAGAUUAAUCCCCCAACCCCUUAGAGCCAGAACAUCAGAGGGUCUGGACAUCUGAAAGAGCGCUCCCCGUAGAGAGGACCAGGAAACAUCCACUGACACAGAGUUAGCCAGAACACUGAACAUCUGGGAUCCUGGUGAAGAACAAAAGUGCCUUGGAGACAUCCAUCAUGAGGAGUGUGACAGUGUCCACUCUACAUGUUGCAGCCAUUGUUCUCGCUUUUCUAUAUCUCUGUCCCGGCCUGCCCUGCCUUGAGAUCACCCCGGCGGGCACAGAGUUCACCCUGGAUCCUGGUUCCUCUCUCACCCUGACGUGUUCGGGAUCAACGGAGACGGCCUGGGAGUUUAAGAGAGAUGACGUUCCUUAUUUUCAAGUGGAUCAAGUGCAACAUGGCAAAAGGAGCUUCCAGAUUGUCCAAAAUACUGACAUGACCAGUGUGAUGACCCUGUUUGAUGUGAGCUGGAAGCACAGUGGGGUCUACCUUUGUAUGGAUCGAAAGACGGGAAAAAGCCAAGAAGUUAUUGUAUUUGUCCCAGACCCAAACGUGUGGUUCAUUGAGACCUCCCAUGGUAUGGUGACAAAGACCAGUGAGGAGACCACCAUCCCCUGCCUCGUGACCAACCCAAAUAUCACUGUGUCCCUGUUUGAGAAGGACACGGAUGUUCCCGUGAAGGGGGUAUAUGAUCCAAGCGAGGGGUACAGGGGGCUGGUGGAGGACCGGACGUACGUGUGCCGUGGAGAGCUGAACGGAGAGGUGAAGGAGUCCCAGGCCUUCUAUGUCUUCAGUAUAGUGGUCCCAGAGGCCAUCGAUGCCUACAUCAAUGCCUCCAAAACUGUGCUGAAGCAGGGCGAGCCGCUCACGGUGAACUGCACGGUGCAUGGUGUGGAGCUGGUGUACUUUUCCUGGGAUAUUCCCAACAGAGAGCUGACUGAGGUGGGGCACCAGACCGAAGUGCUGUCCUCCAUGAUCAUGCGCUCUUGCCUCAUCUUCCCCCAAGUGUCUGUCAUCCACAGCGGAAACUACCGGUGUCACGUCCACGAAGGGGUGCAGGAUCAGACCGCCUCUGCAAGCAUCAACAUCACCGUCCUGGAUCAUGGCUUUGUGAAUGUGAGACCUGCUCAACAGCUAAACAUUUCUGCAAAGUUACAAGAAAAUGUGGAGCUCCGAGUCGAGAUCGAGGCCUAUCCUGCUCCUCAGGUUCACUGGAGGAAAGGCGGCUCAGCGAUAAGAGGAGACAAAACCAUCAUCACCCGACAAGAGCAGGAGAUCAGAUAUGUUAGUAUUCUCACCCUGGUCAGAGUGCGGACGGAGCAGAAAGGCCUCUACACUGCUCUGGUUACUAAUGGAGACGACACUAAGGAAAUAACUUUUGACUUGGAGGUGCAAGUUCCCGCUCAGAUUAAAGACCUCAGUGAUCACCCGCUCCCUGGGAAAAGGCACAUGGUGACUUGUUUGGCUGAGGGUGUCCCAACUCCAUUCAUCCAGUGGUACAGCUGCGACAGUAUGCUCAAGUGCAGUAAUCAGACAGCAGUUUGGCGUCCACUGUUCCCAGAGCCGGAGGUGCUGAGCAUCCAGACCAACACGAGUUACAGCGAGGCCCGAAAAAUUAACCAGGUUUGGAGUCAGGUGACCUUCCACAAACCGCAGCAUGUGACGGUGCGCUGCGAGACCACCAACCAAGCCGGAUGCACUGAUAAGAGAGACGUCAAACUAGUGUCCAGCACUUUGUUCUCCCAGGUGGCAGUGUUGGCUGCAGUUUUAGCACUAGUGGUCAUCAUUAUCAUGUCCUUCAUUAUUCUCAUUGCUGUGUGGAGGAAGAAACCACGCUAUGAAAUCAGAUGGAAGGUGAUAGAGUCUGUAAGUCAGGACGGUCAUGAGUACAUCUAUGUAGACCCCAUUCAUUUGCCCUAUGACCUGAUUUGGGAAAUGCCCCGGGAUCACCUGGUUCUGGGUCGUACACUCGGAUCUGGAGCCUUUGGCAGGGUGGUCGAAGCAACUGCGUAUGGUCUCACACAUUCCCAGUCCAGCACAAAAGUGGCAGUCAAAAUGCUGAAAUCUACAGCGCGGAGGUCCGAAACACAGGCACUGAUGUCCGAACUAAAGAUCAUGAGCCAUCUGGGACCACACCUCAACAUAGUGAACCUGCUCGGAGCCUGCACAAAGCAUGGCCCUCUGUAUUUGGUGACUGAAUACUGUCGCUAUGGAGACCUGGUGGACUACAUGCACAGGAACAAACAUACCUUCCUACAAUACUAUGCUGAGAAAAACCAGGACAGUGACUCAUUCAUCUCCAGAGGAAGCACCCCCAUGAGCCAGCGUAAAGGCUAUGUGUCUUUCGGAAGUGAGAGCGAUGGGGGAUAUAUGGACAUGACCAAAGACGAGCUGUCCAUGUAUGUCCCGAUGCAUGAGCAGAGUGAUACCAUUAAAUACGCAGACAUCCAACCUUCUCCAUACGAGGCCACAUAUCAACAGGACAUCUACCAAGAGCAAGGUGGCGGCAGAUUGGACUUGGUCAUCAGUGACUCUCCUGCUCUCACCUACAAUGACCUACUGGGAUUUAGCUUCCAAGUGGCGAAGGGCAUGGAGUUCCUCGCAUCCAAAAAUUGUGUCCACCGUGAUCUUGCUGCUAGAAACGUGUUAAUCUGCGAAGGCAAACUGGUGAAGAUUUGUGACUUUGGUCUUGCCAGGGACAUUAUGCAUGACUCCAACUACAUUUCCAAAGGCAGUACCUUCCUGCCCCUGAAGUGGAUGGCACCAGAGAGCAUUUUCCAUAAUUUGUACACCACCUUAAGCGAUGUGUGGUCAUAUGGCAUCCUUCUAUGGGAGAUUUUCACUCUGGGAGGAACACCAUAUCCAGACUUGCCCAUGAAUGAACUGUUCUAUAAUGCCCUAAAGAGGGGCUAUAGGAUGAACAAGCCAACACAUGCAUCAGAUGAAGUAUAUGAGAUCAUGAAGAAGUGCUGGGAUGAGAAGUACGAGAAGAGGCCAGAGUUCUCCAGUCUGGUCCACAGUGUCGGGAACAUGCUUAGUGACAGCUACAAAAAGAAAUACAACCAGGUGAACGAUAACUUCGUGAAGAGUGAGCACCCUGCUGUGGUCCGGGCCAAACCCAGAGUAUCCUCCCCGUUCCCCGCCUCUAGCCCUGUAUUUGGGGUCCCAUCACCUCUGGACCGCUCCUCUCCUCUGGGCCACCACCACCAACACAGCCAAGUCCCCAGAACCUACAGGCACCAACAGCCAGACAUAGAGGACGCCCUGCCCUCGUACAACGAUUACAUCAUCCCCAUCCCGGAUCCCAAACCCGAUGAAGUCUUCACAGAUGUCCCGUCAGACAGCCCUGGAAGCUCCAUGGCUCUGGAGGAGGUGGAGACUGACUCGAUGGACACAGCAGACACCCUCCCUGAAGAGGACAGACUAGAGGGCAGCAGCGAGCGGGAUGCCUUAUUGGGCCGCCCUGAGACGCCAGAGGUAGAAGACAGCUUCCUCUAGCCUACUGUGUGGGACAACCAACCAAUUUGAGCCUUUUGAAAAUCUUAUAGAACAAUGCUUUGAAACAUGACUGAAGUAGAAUGUAGCAGCUGAGAAAUCAUUGAAUUUCCAGUAAGCACUCUUGGACUCUCCAGUUCUUAUUUCACUUUUACUAUGAAAAUUACAUGUGGUACUUUUCUAGGAACUGUUUCCACGAUCUUUUGACAAAGAUAAAAACAAGGAUUUCUGAAGCUCAUUAUGUAAAAUUUACUUUUAAUGACACUAACUCACUCAAAGUUGCAUUUCCAGACAAGGUUUCUCAGUUCUGCAGCGGACUCAUUUCUGUUAUGAAGCUGCUUUAAAUCAGUAUUGCUUAGGCUGACCAGACGUCCCUAUUUACCCGGGACAGUCCCAGUUUUGAGUCCUAUGUACCCUGUCCCAGCAGAUUUCUCACAGUUUUAUACAAGAAAUGUUCCAGGUGUCUGAUCUGAUGCCCACCAGCAGUAAAGAGGGGAAUAAACCGUGCUUGAAAAUGAUCAAAAAAUGGCACAGACAGUCCAAGACAACUCAGAUUAUAUACUGUCCCCAGUGAUUCGAGAAUGCACAAUGUUACGCAAUCUUUUCACAAUUUUAUUUAUACCAACCAUCCUAACUCGGGUCUGCCUCAGGUUUUAAUUUUGAAAAUUUGGUCACUCUAAUAUUGCAGUUUAGAACAAACAUCACGCUAAGUCAUGAUCUAUAUAUGUAGUAAAUAACCCAAAAAAAGAAUAAUAUCUUUCUUUAAGCAUAUUUUUUCUGAAGGGACCGUUGGAGAUGUAGCAUUUGUAUUACACCUAUUUUUGUAUGCAAUGUUUUAUAAUGCAACAGAUGGACUGCACAUGCACUGAUAUAAAUUUAAACUUAGCUUUAGUUUUUAGUCAGUCAUCCAGUCUAUUUUAAAGCUAUUUCUAUCAAACACAAUGUUUUUUCCCAUUGAUGUUGAAUAACUCUGAAGUAGGAUAGACUUUAAAUUUUUUUAUUUUUUUUUUUAUAUUUGCACUUUAUUAUGAAAUAUAUAGAAACACAUAGAGAUUUCUACACAACUUAUGCAUUGCCAAGAACCUAGAACAGACUAUUUUAAAGAAUGAACUCCUGUUUUUGUGAUGGUGGGUGCCUCAGGUGAACAGCAUGUCACUGCCUUAUGCCUUUGUAUAAAAUGAGUAUGAACAGUGGAUUUUAUCUUGCAGCUAAUGUUAUUUGCCAACACGAGGGGCUAUUGUUCACGUGUUUUGCCUUAUGUGUAUGUACAUAUGCUUCCAUUUGAAUUCACUCAUUCGCUUGUUUUAAUACUUUCUAAAUAAUGCACAGUCACUGUAAAACACGCUCUCGUACCAAAGCUCUUCCUAAUGUUUACAAAUGUAUUUUUAUAUGUAUCUGUAACAGUGACAAUAAAGUAUUAUUGUCAUCAUU